AUGAAUAGUAACGGCGUCAAGAAUGACAUCCGAGCUCGUGAACAAAGCUCCGAUAGUAACGAGGAGAAUACUAAUGAGACAACCGUCCAUAAUCGACAGGUUGCUUCCCUUAGGUCCAAAAAGGCCUUAUGGGCAUAUUUAAUUCUCUGCUUCUCCACGGGCCCGACCAGUUCGAUGGCCUUUAACUAUGUCUCUGCUGCCAUUCAGUCCGCUGCAAAUAGUGUCGGCCAUCAGCCAGGAUCAGACAAGCCUUGUGCUCGCCGGGGCAAUAUCAAGUGUAUGGUGAAGUUCGGGGCCAGUGAAAUUGACUAUGUUAGCUAUGUGCUAUACCUACGUUCCAUUGGUCGCGCAAUGGAGGGAGUUGUCACGAUCAUGACGGGAGGAGUGGCGGAUUAUUCAGGAUAUCGCAAAACAAUGAUGUUAUCCUCUAUCAUACUAUUCGGUGCUCUGGCGCUACCAUUCGCCGGUCUAACUAAAGCCAACUACAGCCACUUAAAUGCACUCGCAACCCUAUAUUGCUUGCUUACCACAGUCCAAGGAGUCUACACCGUUAUUGAGGCGUCAUAUAUCCCGAUCUUCAUGCGCUCUGUCGGCGGACUGCACUCCGCGUCGCCUGCAGCCGAUCCAGAUACAAAACGAACCUGGAAGAAGGGAUUCACAGUUAGCGUUCUCGCGCUGGUCGCUAGCAACGUGGGCGCCAUCGUUGCCCUCUUAAUCGGUGUUAUUCUUGUGUAUGGCAUAGGGUCAUAUGUGCAAGUGGGCUACUUCAGCUAUCUCCUUGCCAUUACCAUCGCUGGUUGCAUUACAAUCACAUUCGCCUGCAUCGGUCAAUUCCUCCUCCCCUCAAUCCCAGGCCAAUCACGACCAAAGGACCAAAACCUCCUCUUGCUCGUCAUUAAAGGCUGGAUCCGCUUGAUAUCCUCCGCCCGUCGCUACCCCGAAGCCUUCAAAUUCUGCAUCGGCUGGAUCCUCUGGAACACGGGGUAUAGCAACUUCCUGGGCCUAAUCCAAUCCCUCUUCCUCGAGGUGACAGGAAUUGCUCGAGGCUCAGGCAUUUACCAAGUGUGGUCCUUCACGAACGUAACUUUCGCCUGCAUGGGCAGCCUCAGCUUCCUAUUUAUCUACCCGCAUGUCCGGACCACAAUCAAAUCCUGGGCGUACAUUUUCUUGGCCGUUAACUUCCUCUGUAUUCUUUGGGGAUGUAUCGGGAUCAGUAAUACGGUAACAAUUGGAUACAAACAUGCAGCGGAGUUCUGGGUCGAGCAGGUACUUUUUAUGAGUACAAGCAGUGCACUACGGAGUUAUAACCGGGCGGUGUUUGCUUCGCUGAUUCCGUGUGGUUCGGAGGCGCAGUUCUUUGGGUUAGAGAUUACGUUGGAUUUGGCAACGGGUUGGAUUAAUCCGCUAGUGCAGGGGGUGAUUCAGGAUCGGACGCAUAAUUUGAGGUUUCCCAUGAUUCCGAAUUUGUUACUUAUUUUUGUGGCAGGCUGUUUCUAUAUUUGGGUGGAUAUUCCAAAGGGGAUUGAGGAUGCGAAGGUUCCAUUGGAGAGGAUUGAGGGUUGA